GCAUCAAGGUUCGUUCCGCCCGUCCUCUACCUCCUUCUGCCUUAUCAGUACCAGUAGUAGUGGAAGCGGAACGUAAUGAGUACGAUGCUACAACCUUCAGUCCCUGGUGACCAUGACUAUAGCUACAGUAUGCUAACAGUUUGAGUGUUGAGAAUGUCAUGAACUGAUGUUGCCAACAGACGGGUAAGAUUCAUACGUGUGGUUCCAGAGUGCCACACUUGUCAAUUACCCGGAGAGCAAUGUUUGCCUUCUGAUGACCAUGUUGCUGCCAAGAGCAUGGAUUCUGAACGUGAGAAGUUCCGCACUUACAUCGAGAAGACAGGAGUGAUGUCUGCACUCACUGAUGCAUUGGUGCAGCUGUAUGAAGAGCAGGAGAGGCCGUCGGAUGCCCUUGGCCACAUCAAGAAGACCCUAGGCUCCUUCACUCCCUCCAUCCAACACUGCCACAUGCUGGAGGAAAAGGUGAAGGAGCAGGAAGCCAUCAUUGAAUCCCAGCGCACGCAGAUCAAUGACCUCAUGGGGGAGGUCACGAACCUGCGAGACCUUCUGGCACAUGUGGAGGGCCGGGGGGAGGCCACCAAGACCCCCAGUGAGACCCCUCGCACCUCCUGAGUCCUGAGUCCUGAGUCUUGCAGCACUUCUUGUCCCACCAUCACUGUUGGGAAUGGAAGAGAGUGUCUAGUCUUAAGAAUGUCUUCUUUUCACUACUACUUCUACUUAGCUUUUUACACCAAAUAGAACAGGUCUAUCCAUAUCAGAUUUUUUUUAUUAUAUCUUGUAAGUUUUUCUUUUUGCCAGAGAGUGGUGGUGUUGUUGGGUGUUGGAGUUGGUGGUGAAGUUAGUGCAACAUGCUUUUCCUUUUAUAUUUUUCCUGAUGCUAUAUAUAUUAUAGAAGCCUCUUCCUCACAAGAGGUGAACUGACUGUCAUGUCCUCCACACAUGUAUGUUGUCUCUCUAUGUUUCAUUAUAGCUAAACAUAAUCUUAGCCUGACCAGAUGGUUACAGCAGAGAUCACUUUCCCUGUCCAAGUAAGAAUUGAGAAGACAGACCACUUGAACACACUCAAAUUUACUGACACCUGCCUCUUUUUGUUUCCAUUGUGGAAUGCUGUACUUUUCUUUUCCACUGCAGUGUUAGUCAGUCAACCAUCACCAUCCCUCAUGUUUUACUUCAGUGUUAUUCAGUCAGUCAGUCUGCAGCACAAGUAGAGUACAGUCACAAAAGCCAUGUCAUCAAGAGGCUUGUCAGCCUAGCUGUAGAUGAUUGAGGAAUAAGAUAAAUGUAGAAUACCUCAGUAUUGAGAGCUCUUGAUGUGUUAUGUGUGCACAUGAAAGCUUACACACACACACACACACACACACACACACACACACACACACACACACACACACACACACACACACACACACACACACACACACACACACACACUUUAAAAGCUGUACACUGCCUCAAGAAAAGUCAGAGAUGUUGUAGUUUUCCAUUGUGAACAGUCUGUAUCCUGUCACUGCUGCCAGUCUCCUCAUUUGGGCCAGCAAAACUUAAGAGGCUCCUUAAUCUGCAAAAAAGGGAUGUGACAGUUCCAGUGGGUUUUGAUAGAAGACGUGUCACAUAUUUCUGAAAUUAAGAUGAAAUUCCUUAUCAGUAUGUGAUAUUUUGCUCUGUCUGUUACAGAGCUGAAGGAAAGCUUAGUAAUUAUUUUCUUAAUUAAUUUUUUAUCAUAAAAGCAAAAUCUUAAAAAAAAAAACAUUAAAAGUGUUUUUGCCUUCAGCUUUUCAUUCCAAAAAAUUUAGAAUGUAUUUUUAUAUUAUUUAUUUCUAAAUUUGUAUCUAUUUUUUUUACUUACUAUUUACUCCAGAAGAGCUAAACAAAGUGAAUGAAAGCAUGUCAUUGUUUCCUGAAAUAUAUAUUUAACAGUUUUCAUAGAAAAAGCAUCUUAUUUUAUAUUUCUAUAUUAUUUGUUCAUUUGUUUCUAUAUUUAUUAUGUUCCUGAUUUUUUUUCCUGCCCUCAUGGUGUCCAUGGAUGUAAUUUGUGCAAUCCCAGCAGACUAUGAACCUUCACCCCGCACCAUUAGAAAGAUGGAGUCGUAUUUUUAUAUGCCAUUAUAAAAAUAGUAAUAAAAGUUCUCCAGUGCUGAAA